AUGUCCUCAGCUCCGGCAAAACCAAAGUGGGCAGACCCGGCAGUGACCAACGCCACCGCGUCCUCCUCCAAACUUCCCAAUCCAUCGAGCCCGACCGCAGUCGAGGUCGGUGGUAGUGCUCUGGCUACAGCUUCAGGCGCGGCUCCUAGAAUACCGGACAGACCGACAGAUUUCGGGAGUAGCGCUCUGACGAGCUCGCCCUACUCUAGUAUGCAGACCAAUCCCUAUCAGUCACGGAUGGGCAUGGGAUCGACAGGCUACGGAGGGUAUGGUAGUGGAGUGGGAAGCUACGGAGGGUAUGGGAGUGGGUAUGGCGGGUAUGGAGGUCUUAGCGGGGGAUAUGGGGGAAUGAGCAGGAUGGGGGGCGGGUAUGGAGGGUAUGGGAUGGGUGGAUAUGGAGUGGGAAACAUGGGCGGGCCUGGAGAGGGUAUGCCUAACCUCACCUCCUCCCUACAACAAUCCACGGCACCGGCCUUCGCCAUAAUCGAGUCCCUCGUCACCGCCUUCACCUCUCUCGCCCAGCUCGUCGAGUCCACCUACAUGGCGACUCACUCCUCCUUUUUCGCAAUGGUGGGCGUAGCGGACCAGCUCGGGUCCGUCAAAUCAUACCUCGGCCAGGUCCUCGGCGUCUUCAGCGUCCUCAGACUAGGCAAGCGAAUCGUCGCGUGGCUCCGAGGCCAAAAGACCGGCGCUGGACCCCAAGUAGGAUGGGCAAACGAAUGGUCCUCCGGCCUGCAAGGCAUCGGGGGCGUAUCCGGACCCCAAGGAUCAGGCGGAAAAGGCGAAAAGAGACCAUCGUCAAAACCGCUCCUCCUCUUCCUGCUGUCGGCAGUGGGACUGCCGUACCUGAUGUCCCGCCUCGUCCGGCUCCUUAUCCGGCAUCAACAAGAACAGCAGGCGGCACUCGCUGCAAGUCAGGGACAGGCGCAGAUGGUCGAUGGAGUCCCCCUCGAUCCGGCCAAAUUGACAUUUGCGCGCGCAAAGUGGGAGUUCAAGGCGGCAGAGGAGUGGGAGUUGGGAUUGGCGAGGGAUGAGAUCGUGGCGGUGCUGGAAGCGAGGAAUGGCGGGCCGGGUGAGGAUGAGAGAGGUUGGUGGAGAGGUAGAACGAGGGAUGGGAGGGCAGGGUGGUUCCCCGGGAAUUAUGUCGAGGUGAUCAGGCGGAAAGAGGGCGCGGGGGAGGGCAAGUGA